UGGCCAAUUGAGCUGGGCUUACGCUGUAUUCUCUCGAAUUACCCCCAGCUUCUCGAAUCUCAUCCUUGUACAUACAUCUCGAGGAUUCCAGAGCUACCUUCCAACUCACCGUACUUGUUAUAGGGUUCUAACUUCUAAGAGAGCUACUCCAGUCCACCCAGCCUAAUACGCCGGCUAACCUCGUCCAUCACGACCAACAUAUCCAAAAGAGAUUCUAUGGACGCCACAAUCUCCGACAUCUCCACCAAAAUGAAAGACACCCAACUCUCAACUCCCACGCCCCUUAAAAAGAAACUGGGAUUCACAGAACUCCCUCCCUCUAUACGCAACAACAUCUACAAGCACGUCCUCGAUACCGAAUUCGUGAACGUCGGCAAACCCAACGUCUCAUACACGCACUCAAUCAAAGAUAACGUACUCCAAUUCAGUGCCUCGCGUCCACCAUUCCCAAUUUCCCCUGCUUUAUUCUACGUAAACAAGCAGAUAUCGAAGGAGGCAAUUCAAUACUUCUACUCCCAGAAUCUGUUUGUCAGAUUCACGUUAUACAGCUCAGAUGCACGGCACGCGAAGACGAUGCUAGAAGACUCGGGUGUGCUGUUCUCAGUCGCAGCUCCUGAAGCUAUUGAGAAAUCAACACAACAUGCCAUGGACAUCUCUCUUGUGGAGAAAAACAGCAUGCAGAAACGCGCAGCUGUAUUCUUUCCAGCACAGUACCUCCCACGGCUUAUUAACUUCCUAGAUCAAGCAUCCCGCUCAACAGCAUCGUGGGCGCCAUCGCACGCCGUCUUCAUUACCCUGCUGAACACGUAUUCCUUUGGCAUUGCGAAAUUGCAGGGCGAUUUACUCGAACUCUUCCGUAUCCUCACGAAUUUGGGGAAAGUCGAGAUCGAGGGUGAGGCGCUGCUGCCGGGAUAUGCGGAAGGGCUUCAAGCGUCGAUGUUGACGCCGGUGUUCAGCACCGAGAACUGGCUCGCGACACUGACAGCCAUGACGGCUGCCGCGGACCAGGCGCGUGAGAAUAGGGAUUGGGAUCUGGGCAUCCAGCAUUCGCAGUCUGUUAUUAUUGCUAUGACAUAUGGGUACCUGACACGUGCGGAAGCGCUGCAUUCGCAGCCUAAUGCGGAGGAUUUUGCAAAAAGUAUCCAGCGACUGCGCUGGAGGAAUGAACUGAGCAUCGGAAAAGCGCUGUUUAAGAAAUGGCAGAGUCUGACGAGCGAUAAGAACUGGCUCACCACAACUACCCUCGAUCAAACUCAGAGAAAAGAAGCAGCCCAAGCCAUGCUCGCCGCAGAAACUGCAACCUCUCACGCCUUGUCACUCGUCACCGACUCUCCAAAUCCGAACUCAAACCCCUGGGUCCAAAGCCUACCCGUCGAAACCAUCCCACAGAACAAAGCAGAGUGGUUUACUGAUGACGAUAAAGGCAUAACGUGGUAUGCGUGUGGGAUUGUCCAUUUGUUGCUUAAUGAGCCGCUGUUUGCGGCGGGGGAUUUGGAGCGAGCGACGAGGUUGAAGCCUGGUGGGAAGAAUUUUGAAGACGCGUUUGGGAAGGCGAGGGAGUCGAUUGAUUGGGAAGUUAAGCCAGGGGUGGGGCUGCAAAGGGCGGCUAAGGUUGCCAGGAGCUAGUGAGAAGGGGAAAAGGGAGUAGUUGGGCUUGAGUGCACG